AUGCGUGGCAUUCUCCUCCUUGGGGGCCUCUUUGGCAUCCUCGCUACAGCACAGCCAUACAAUUACGGCGCCGACAUCCAAUCCCUGACUCGAAGGCAAGACACCAGUGAUCGCGUGGUCAUCAAGCCGCUCCCGAUAAUUCGCAAUGGCACAAUGCCCCUGAGAUACGAGAUUCGAGAGAUGAAGGCCGACCGCUACAAAUGGGACUUGUUCAUUCUGGCCCUGAGUAUGUUGCAGUACACUAGUCAGGACGAUCCCAGGUCGUGGUACCAGAUUGCCGUAGGAAUCCACGGUGUUCCCUUUGAAGCAUGGAGCGGUGUCGAGUCUGUAGAGGGGGGCAACAUGUCUGGAUACUGCAUGCACAGCUCAGUUCUGUUUUCCACAUGGCAUCGCCCAUAUCUCGCCCUCUUCGAGCAAGAACUAUACCAAAAAGCCAAUACCAUUGCCAGCAUGUUUCCUAAUGGGACAGAGCGACAAGCAUAUCAAGACGCUGCCCGUAGCUUUCGCAUGCCGUACUGGGAUUGGUCGUUGGAAGCCCCUGAAGGGGAUGAGCAUUUCCCCGGAGUUUUUUGGAACGCUACCAUUUCUCAAUACGGUCCUCGAGGUAUUCAGCUCGUCAGAAAUCCUCUAUAUUCAUACUACUUUCACCCAAAAGAUGAAGAAGCAUUCAUCUGGACCCCUCUCAAUACCUGGGAUGAGACAAAGAGAGCUCCAAAUGUGAAUAUCAGCGAAAACGCUCCUCCAUCGAACAACAGCCUGGUCAAUGCUGCCCUUCUCACAGCGUUGCCCGAGAUUCAGCAGCGUCUACUUGGCCUCUUCUCCAAUUCGAAAAACUUCAACGACUUCGGGACCAAGGUAUGGUCAAUAACUGACAAUGUUUCAGCGGCGGACUCGAUCGAAUCAAUCCACGACAUUAUUCACAUCAAUGGUGGGCUUAAGGGACACAUGACAUAUGUACCCGUAUCUUCGUUUGAUCCUCUAUUCAUUCUUCACCACACCAUGACAGAUCGGCUGUUGGCCAUGUGGCAGAUACUCAAUCCAGACGCGUGGAUGACCCCGAUGCCAUCUGGUGAAACUACUUUUACAUCUAUUGCGGGCGAAAUGCAAGAUUCUACAACUCCGCUGACCCCAUUCUUUGCCACAGAGGAUGGCACGUUCUGGAACUCGGACAUGGCAAGGACCACGGAAGCCUUUGGGUAUUCUUAUGCCGACACGGACUCUUCAGGGAAGAAGGAGGACGAACUUCGUGACGAGUUGACGAGGAAAAUCACGGAGUGGUACGGAGAUAGGGGCUGGAUCGCGGCGCUGGAACGAAGUCAACACACUCAGAUUAUCAGGAAUGGGCGAUACAUGGAUUGGGUUAUUAACGCGCGAGUCAAUAUCGAAGCGUUCGCAGGCAACUUCCAGCUUCUCUUCUUUAUUGGGCCACCACCAAUAGAUGCCAGCCAAUGGCUUACUGCCAGGAACCGAGCUGCCAAGGUCACAUUCAUGGGAACUCGUCACCAAACGGGUUCGAGGUCGAUGAUGGCUGGAUCGUCACCUCUGACAGCGGCACUGGUGAAGUUGGUGGGAGCAGGAGAGAUCCCCAGCCUGGAUCCAAAGCAUGUGGUGCCUUUUCUAGAAGAAAGGCUACAGUUUGCGGUGCUUGGGGGCCAAGACAUAGAGGUCGAUGUCUAUGAGCUAGAAGGGUUGCACAUUACCAUCAACAGUGGGGAGAUGAUGGUGCCAGAGAAGGGGAGUCUACCAGAGCAAUGUUCCUUGGUAUGCAGGAUGAAGUUUUGGCCUGAAAAGUCGUUGUGUUAG